UUUUACAUUGAAUUCACAAUGGUUGAAGAUGGCGUCAAGCCUUGAGGUGAAGAAGUUAGUGGAGAGUAUUGGCAACUGGGAGAAUGGCGGAAGCAGUGAGGCGAAAGAAUUGUGUAUUUCACUGAUUCCAGCCAGUGAAAAUGAUGAGCAGGACUUGAAAUUCCGGAGAUGUCUUUACGAGGUUUGUCGUCACUCCAUCCUGGGGAACCUUGCAGCGUCGCUGGCAGCUACAUUCUUACGUGAAUUGUCGGAGUCCAAUGAUGUCGUUGCAAGUAUACUCAUUGAUAUCUUGUCCGUUCUUGAUGUGGAGGUGGGAACAUCAGAAGACAAGACUCAUCGACCCAAAUUCAUUCAGCUGCUGGCUGAAUGUGCCAAAUUCAUCCCAGACAGCAAGCUGAAGGUUCACUUGGAUGCAGAAACACUGAGUUCGCUUUCUCUUAUCUCGUCACAAAAGUUGUUUGACCAGAGAUGCAUCAAAGUGAAGACUCGCUUGUUCUAUCGGCAAGACAAGUUCAAUCUCCUUCGUGAGGAAAGUGAAGGUUACAGCAAACUUGCUGUUGAACUGGGUCAAGAGCUAGAUGGCAGCUUGGACAGCUCGGACUUGCUGCAGCGUGUUAUGGCCCUGAUCGGUCACUUCAGUUUAGAUCCUAACCGAGUCAUGGACGUUAUGUUGGAAGCAGUCGAGUGUCAUUCGCCAGAGAAGCAGUUACUGCUGUUGCCUGUGAUGCGUUCAUGCAACGGAAGCGCAGGGACUUUGUGCCAACUGCUUGGCUUCAAGUUCCAGCAAUAUGCGGAGUCUUCUUCGAGCACUCCACCCAGCUUGUACCGUACUGCUGCUCUGCUGCUGCAUACUAAUCUCGUCCCCAUCGAGGAGCUGUACACUCACUUGAGUCCUCCUGAUGAUAAUGUCCUGAAGCAGCACAAGGAAGUUCUGCAAAAGGGCAGACAUGGUGCACGAAAGACUACCAUAGCUGUCACUACGAGCAAAGAAGAUGACAGUGGCGAUGUCGUGAUCACAGAGCAGCCUGAGGAGAAUCAGAAGAUUGGCAUUGUGCGGUCAUUGCUGGAGCUAGGCGAUUGGCAGUGGACUGAGUGGAUUCUGCUACGCCUGCCGCCGUUUGUCGCCACCAGUGAUCCUACCGUGGCCAAGGCAUUUUGCCAGCUGCUCCAUGCCAUUAUUGAGCCCGUCUAUCGGCCAUUGGCACCAAAGCCUGCGCGUGGGCGUCGUUUGACAAUCAAGUUACCGGCAAACAAGGAGGCUGCCCAGAACACUAACACCGUGUAUCAGGCUCAGAGCAUUGAGGAUCUGAAGACGUUUGCGUUCCCCAUGCUCACCCAACUAGGCCUUCACCUCUCGUCAGAUCCAGUCUUGCUUGCGAAAAUGUUGCGCAUUGGUCGUGAAUAUCUCCAAAAGCACUGGAGCCCAACUCCACACUUGGAGCAGUUCCCAUCAGACUCGAUGGGUUUGACAUGGUUGGAUUGCCUCGAUGAGGUCCUCUUGCCGUCAUUAUCCCUCCUUCCGUGCAACUGUAGUCUGGCCGAGGAAACGUGGUCCUUGUUGAAAACACUUCCAUAUCAGAUUAGGUAUCGUCUGUAUGGUCAGUGGAAGAACUCAUCGUACCUCAGUGAUAUGGUUAUCCUGCAGGCACGUGCUACCACCAUGGAUAGAACACGUUAUGUCAUGAAGCGCUUGACCAAGGAGAGUGUGAAGCAGUCUGGCCGCCAGCUUGGCAAACUCAGCCACAGCAACCCAGGAAUCGUCUUCGAAUAUGUCCUGUCACAGAUCCAGACGUACGACAACUUCAUUGGACCUGUUGUUGAUUCGCUCAAGUACUUAACACCAUUGGCGUAUGAUGUUCUCUGCUAUUGUUUGAUUGAAGCAUUGGCUAAUCCUGAUAAGGAGAAGCUCAAGCAAAAGGACACCAAUCUUUCACAGUGGCUCCAAGGCCUUGCUCUCUUCUCGGGUACGGUGUUCCGCAAGUACACCAUUGAACUGACCGGUCUGCUGCAGUAUGUUGCCAACCAGCUCAAGUCUGGCAAGAGUUUUGAUUUACUAGUCUUGAAGGAAGUUGUCAAUAAGAUGUCUGGCAUCGAACUCAUGGAAGAAGUCACGCAGUCCCAAUUGCAAGCCCUUGCCGGCGGAGAAAUGCUCCGAGCUGAGGGUGGCUAUUUCAAUCAAGUAAGGAACACAAAGAAGUCGUCACAGCGUCUGCGCGAGGCUCUAAUGGAGUCGGCGCUGGGUGUACCUCUGUGCAUUCUCAUAGCACAGCAGCGGCAGAGCGUGGUCUUUGUGGAAGCCAGCAGCUGCCACUUGAAGCUGCUAGGCAAGCUCUAUGAUCAGUGUCAGGACACUCUGGUCCAGUUUGGUGGCUUCCUGGCCACGUCUCUGUUGCCGCAGGAUUAUGGCAGCAAGUUUCCGCCAUUUGAUGACCUUGUUCGCAAAUAUUUCCUCCAAGUGGACACGGCAUUUUUCUUGGAGCGACCCCGCUUGUCCAACAACAUUAAUGCUCGUAUUGAAGGUCAACGACGUGCCGGAAAGAAUGGACCAGAUUUUGGCAAAACCGAUCUGGAGCUGGUCGAGGCAGAAAUGAAGACUUUGGUCGAUCGGGUGAGGACGGUGAACGUGUGCAAGGAGAUCUCUGUUCAUCUCUUCACCACGUUUUGGAGCCUGUCUCUGUAUGACAUCUGGGUACCUGAGGCUCGGUACCAGGAGGAAAUUAGUCGGCAGGAACAAGCACUGCAGGAGCUUGACAGCAACUCUGAGCUGAAUGCCAGCAAACGUAAGAAGGAGAAAGAUCGAGGGGACACGAUGAUCAAGAGGCUUGGCGAGGAGAUGGCUCGCCAGAAGGAUCAGCAUCGUCGCAUCAUGAACUGGCUAGAACCGGCCAGCAAGACCUGGUUCAAGAACAUCGCUUCGGCCAAGAGCCGUAUGGCAACACAGUUCUUCCAACAGUGUGCCUUCCCGCGCUGUUGCUUUACUGCCAUGGAUGCUGUUUACUGCGCUAAGUUCAUCCAGAUCAUGCAUCAGCUGAAGACACCUCACUUCUCGACCCUCCUCUUUUACGAUCGCGUGUUUGCUGACCAGUCAGUGUCGCUUGCUGUUGCUUCGUGUACCGAGAAUGAAGCGAGCCGUUAUGGUCGCUUCCUGUGUUGUCUGCUGGAGGAGAUCUCUGACUGGCAUAAGUCUGAGGAAAGCUACCUCAAGAACUGCCACAUGUUUCCAGGCUUCAUCUCCGGUGUGCGCAACGAUGGUGUGGUACACCUUGAUUACAAGGACUUCCGCCACAUCUGCUUCAAAUGGCAUUACAAGAUGACCAAGGCCAUGUUGGCUUGUUUGGAAUCCAAGGACUACAAUCAAAUCCGCAAUGCUAUCUUGGUACUGAUAAAGAUUCUGCCAUACUUCCCAGUUGUUUUGAGUCUUGGCUCUGCACUGGAGAAGCGCAUUGAAAACUUGCGUGAAGCUGAGAAGGGUGAACGAGAGGACUUGGCUGCUCUGGCUAACAGCUACUUUGGCAACCUGCGCACGCGCAAGUCGACAUUUAUUCCUGAAUCCCAGUUCCACAACAAGGAGGACCGCGAUAAGAAAUCACAAGACCCUGAGCAAAAGAAGUCAUCUGGCUCUGAUGCUGAUUCAUCUUCUACGGGUGAUCGCUCACGAUCAGGUGCUGGUUCAUCUGAGUCUAGCAGCAAAGCCCAGAGCAGUGGACCAUCACGGAGUUCACCUGACCCGUCUAAAUCAUCUUCGUCGCAUUCUGCUUCAGCCUCCCUGUCUGCUCGUCCCUCUUCCAGCACUGGAGCUCCGUCCUCUUCUUCCUCUGGCAGUACUACUUCAUCCUCGGCACCGCGCUCCACCAACUCGCAAGCCAAGGCUGCAUCAACGUCAUCUACUAAUCGCCCAUCACCAUCUAGUAGUCACGAGCGCAGCAGCUCUAAAGAUUCUAAGGCGGACAGCAAGUCGAGGGACACUGCCAGUAGUACCAGCAGCAAGUCAUCAUCGGCGUUGUCCACUGCCACCACCAGCAGCAGCAGCAAGACUGGCGCGAGUGGACAAUCACCAUCUGCACGUGAUCGUUCUGAAAAGGCAGAUGGUAGUUCGCCCUCCCCAGCAUCAUCAUCUUCGACUGUGGUAGCUGCCAAGAAAACCAAACAACCAUCAAGUCGCGAUGAGGAAAAAGAUGCUAAGAGGCGAAAAAUAGAGAAGGAAGAGAGUGCUGCUGAGGCUGGUGAUCGAAAGAAGGACAAGGAGCGGGAGAAAAGUAGAGAUCGUGAAAGGGCUGAGGACAAAGUAAAGAGUGAGCGCAAGCGGGAGCGCGAUGAUAGCGCAGAUGCAGAGCGCGAAAGCAAACGCCAUCGUUCGGAUGAGGGUUCAAAGAGCCACGGCAGUGGUGGCACCUCUACCAGUGCCAGCAGUUCCUCUAAACACGACGCGGGUGAUGAUCGGCAUGACAAGCGACGCUCUGAGAAACUAGAAGACCGACACAAGGUAUCUUCAAGCGAUGCUGACAAGAAAUCCUCCGACAAGAAAGAAGAGAAGACAAGCAACAACAGUGGUGCCGGGAGUAGUAGUAGUCGAUCUGCCAAGUCCCCAGCCUCCUCGACUAAUGGAACCAGUGCUAGCUCAACUAGCAACGCUGCAGAUAAGGGUCGCUCCAGUAGCACUGCUACUAGCAAGAAAGAUGAUCGCAAAGAUGAUCGUAAAGAUGAUCGCAAGGAUAAAGAGAAGGAGAAGGAGAAAGACAAAUAUAAGACUCAGCGAUCUCGCCAUGGCUAGGUGUAGCGACUGCUUCAACGUCCUAAGACUCGGCGAUCUCGCCAUGGCUAGGUGUAGCGACUGCUUCAACGUCGUCAUCUAUGCUUCCCGUAGUCAGCACUGUAUUCCGAGUCAGUUCUCCUAUCCUGUUGAGAAACCCACCGCCUGGAAGCUUGACUCAGCUUCUUUGAUUUGCUGCACUGUCCCACCAUUGCUAUUUGUAUCCUAGUGCGUAGUGACGCAUGUUCUACUUGUAUUCUGGCGUUGUUAACUCGUCAAUUUCCGUCCGUGACUCAUGCUGUGCAUUGAUUUGAUGUUGCUCCAUCCUUUGUUUCUUUUCUCUUAUCCCUGUCAUCUUUCACUUGCUGCAAACUGCACGGCAAUGCACACUGUAUGUACACACACAGGGUUGGAGGCUGGCAUUGUGAUUGUGGCCGUUCUUCUUCACAAUCACACUUUGCCAAUCAACCCAAACCUGUUCCCUUGGUUCGUGAACAUUUUUUAUUAUCAUUUUAUAUUUACAUGCUACUAGGUUUUCAAGAACAAAGACAUGAGAGUCCAGCUGAGAGAAGCUGGGCAAGCGUGUCUAUUACUGUCA